AAGAAGACAGUUGGACUAUAAAAGGAAGGCUUUGGAACAGGUGACAUCUUCCCUCCAGUUCCUGCCUCGCAGAUUGAAAGUUUUUCUUGCAGUUCACGAUGCAUCUUUGUGGAGUUCUGGUCCUGCUGGGGACUCUGUCUGCAGCAUAUGGACUGAAAUGCUACACAUGUGUAACCACCAACCCCAGUUCCUGCACUGAUGUCGCAACUUGUCCUCUCGGCCAUGACCGCUGUGCAACCGCAGAGAAGGACGGUGCCGUCGUCAAGAGCUGCUUUGGCAGCGAUGGAUGUGGAGGCCCUAUAAAGUGCUGUGAAGGGGACCUGUGUAACGGUGCCAUACCCACUGGGUCCAGUGUCCUCCUCCUGCUGGUAUCCUCAGCCAUCAUCACCAUCUUUCUCUGAGGCUCUGGGGAAUAUUUCACUUUUUUCUUACCCAAUCUGCACAACUCAGGAAGAAUCAAUUAAUUUUCAAUAUGUAAAAGCUGUGAAUGACUGCAGAUCAAGAUUUGUUCAAUAAAACCACGAUCUGAUAGAC